CAGGUGGAGGAUCAGCGAUCUGGUGGGGUGGUAGUCUGGAACAGCCCCAUCCGUCGAGAGGUUUUCGGAGGGAGUCACUGAGAUGCACGCGGGCUGAAAAGGGGCCGGAAGAGGCGCCAUGCCACGCUUACGCUGAAGGUUCUACACUUGUGCCCAGAGUCACUACGUAGAAGAUCCUCUCUCGCACGCACACGCACGCACGCACGGUGGCCGAGGCUCGAAGGUUCGGCCGGACGGUGGAGUUGACCGAAACCGCGACGGCACUCUAUCGUGGGAGAGCCGGGGAGCGGGGCAUUCGCUACGGCGCUCUCACGUUGGUGAUGCAUCGCAGGACCAAAGGAUGAAAGGGCAGCAGACUGCUUCUGGAGGGGAGGAGGGUUCACUUCACCUGCAAGAAGGUGGAGUUACACAAGAGGACCAGGGCUCUCCGAGCAUCGCCAGUGUCCAGUCCGCGGGCACGUUCACCGCUGACCCAGCCCUGCGAUAUAUCUUCCGUACAGACAGCAAUGGAGGGCAGCAGGUAACCUACCGUGUCAUUCAGGUGACCGAUAGCCCUUUAGACACUCAAAGUGAGGGCACAGCAGCAGUGAGUGUCCUGGCCACAGCUCCUGGAUUCUCACCAACCUCUCAGGCCGUAACACAG